ACAUCACUAUUCUCUGAGCUCCGUCUGUUUCACUUUUCUCUUCAUCCUACACGCGCUUCUGUCACUCUCCUCCUCCUCAUCGGCCCGUGUCCCUCUCUUUCUCUCACUCUUUCAUUCUCUCUUUCUUUUGCCAUCAGUCGCUUUUAACACCGAAGAAUAAUCUGACAUGCUGGAGAUGAGUUUGAGUGGGCACCUGGAGAGCCUCCUGUUUCCUCCUCCUCGUGUUGCCAUACUACCAUGAGCAGUUCCACUCCAUCCACAGCUAAUGGCAACGACAGUAAAACGUAUAAAGGAGACCGAUCUCCCUGUGCCCCCUCCCGUGUCCUCCACGUCCGCAGAGUUCCCAUUGAAGUGUCCGAGGCAGAAGUCAUCUCAUUAGGAAUUCCUUUCGGCAAAGUCACCAACCUGUUGAUGCUAAAAGGGAAAAACCAAGCUUUUAUAGAAAUGGCUUCUGAAGAAGCAGCCAUCACCAUGGUCAACUACUACACCGCAGCCACGCCCCACGUCCGCAACCAGCCUGUCUACAUCCAGUAUUCCAACCACCGCGAGCUAAAGACAGACAACCUGCCCAACCAGGGGAGGGCUCAGGCUGCUCUCCAUGCUGUCAACGCAGUGCAUUCUGGGAACAUGACUUUGUCUGGGUCUGCGACGGCCAGUGACGGUGGUUUGAUGCCUGGACAAAGUCCUGUGCUUCGCAUCAUAGUGGAGAAUCUCUACUACCCUGUAUCUCUAGAAGUGCUGCACCAGAUCUUCUCAAAAUUUGGGACCGUCCUGAAGAUUAUUACCUUCACCAAGAACAACCAGUUUCAGGCCUUGCUGCAAUACUCAGAUGCAAUGAACGCACAUCACGCCAAACUGGCUUUGGACGGGCAGAACAUCUACAACGGCUGCUGCACGUUGCGUGUGGAAUUCUCCAAGCUGACCAGUCUGAAUGUGAAAUAUAACAACGACAAGAGCAGGGACUUCACACGUCUGGACCUUCCCUCAGGGGACGGACAGCCCACGCUAGACCCCACCAUGCAGACCGCUUUCGGGGCUCCUGGGAUAAUCUCCUCUCCAUACCCCGGGGCUGGAUUCGCACCCGCUAUUGGUUUUCCUCAGGCAGGUCUGUCCAUGCAGACGAUGCCUGGUGCUCUGGGACCUCUGACACUCACUUCAUCCGCAAUGGCAGGAAGGAUGGCCAUCCACGGCAUGGCCCCCAACGCCAUCCACUCUGUUCUCCUCGUCUCCAACCUCAACCCUGAUAGUAUAUCCCCACAUGGACUCUUCAUUUUAUUCGGAGUCUACGGAGAUGUUCACAGGGUGAAGAUUCUGUUUAACAAGAAAGAGAAUGCUUUAAUACAGAUGGCCGACGCCACACAAGCUCAGUUGGCCAUGAGUCAUCUGAACGGUCAGCGUCUGUACGGUAAGGUGAUCCGUGUGACCGUCUCAAAGCACCAGACGGUUCAGCUCCCCAGGGAGGGUCAGGAGGAUCAGGGUCUGACUAAAGACUUCAGUGGGAGUCCACUCCAUCGCUUCAAAAAACCCGGCUCCAAAAAUUUCCAGAACAUCUUUCCCCCCUCCGCCACUCUGCACCUCUCGAACAUCCCGCCCUCCACCACAGAUGAUUUUCUGAAAGACCUGUUUGCCGGUUCUGGGUACACUGUCAAGGCCUUCAAGUUUUUCCAGAAGGACCGCAAGAUGGCACUGAUUCAGCUGGGGUCGGUGGAAGAAGCCAUCCAGGCUCUUAUCGACCUCCACAACCACGACCUGGGAGAAAACCACCACCUGCGAGUGUCCUUCUCCAAAUCCACCAUCUAACGCCCCCUUCACUACAAACACACCCUCACCCUGUAUCUCCCCAUUCCAGCCCAUUUAACUUCACCGGUCGGACCGUUUCCCCGAGCGAAACUAGUACCGGAACUCGAUAACAUUACAGACAUUAAUGGGGUAGUUUUAGAUAUUUUCCCCAAAAAAGUAAAAAAAAACAAAAAAAUAAAAUGACAGACUACUGCAGAACUUUGCGGCUGAGAGGGCUUGACUCUCAUGCAACCAGGGCUAGAGACACACGGGAUGUCCGUGACCAAGCGUGAUGUUCCCGGAGGCUUCAAGGAAGUAAACCCGCGUGUUUCGACAUACGCACAGGAAGCUCUUCGUAUCUCGUCGAAAGCAUUGGAGUCUGACAGCUCCUGUAGCCAAAUGGCCUUGUGACCCCCUGACCCGAGUGAGAGCGGAGCCUCUUCCUCUGUGCCUCCCCUGACACCCUCGGUCUCAUUGGCUGUCUCGACCGAGCAUUCCACUUUGCAUUUCCUGUAGAACACGUUGGAUGCAAAAAGGUCACCGUGUGAAUGUCGAUGACGUCUUUACAAGGUGCUGCUGGAAAACGAAAUCUGUAGCGACGGGCUCGUCCUUUUCCUCUGAGUAGCAUUAAAACACACGAGUGCUAGAGAGAACGAGUUGAGUUAAAAUACAACGCAACAAGCCUUUUGUUGUUUCUCGGUCGACUUGUAGACAGGCACCACGGGGAAUGUUGUAAGCAUAUUUGUUUACUGUGCAAAGACGAAUAGCCAGACAGUAAGCAUCUGUGAAUAGAUAGUGAAUGGCGUGAUUUGUUAUUUUUUCCUCGUAUAAUGGAAAUUUUAUAUUGGACAGACUAGCCUUUCAUGGGCUCUCUGCACCUGCGACGCUGUCAGAGCACGUCUCCACCGCGAGUCCCUUCAAUCGUGUUCAUCUGAACCAGAGAGACCUUUGUGAAACACGCAGGAUCAUUCCGGAAAUUUUACGGCCAGCUGUCAAUCCUACUGGAACACUCCAAUCAGCAACGCCCAGCCUGACGGGAGGCCCCGCCUCCUCCCAAGUGAAAUUCUGAAUGUGAAUGGUGUAGCCCGUGAUCUAGUUGGGAAAUGAUUUCCUACAUACUGUUCCCCCUUUUCUCUAUAAGACCAGUCUUUCUCUUUCCAUUCGUUCUGUUUUUCUUCUUUCCACACGGGGGCAGAGGAUGGUUCUGCUCUUGUUCUUCUGUUCUUCACUCAUUGGCUCUCUUAGCAGCCGUAUCUGCUUUGCAGCAACAACCGUCGCAGACGCUCUCUUUUGCCUUGCAGUCCCAGACUUAAUGCCUCUGCAUAUGAGCAAACCAAAUAUUACGAAAGUGAAAGACAUUCGCUCUCUUCCAAAAUCUAGUGGCUGACUCACUGUCUGCCUGCCGCCUAUGUAGGCAGCUGCCUUCUAAGACCGCGUCCUAACCAACAUUAAACCUCUUAAGUAACAGAGUGUGCAUCAUGUAAACAAAUUUAACAUUUAUCUCUGAAACAAUAAACUGAGAAAAGAACAGCCUCAUUUGAUAGUCAUUACUUUAGUUAAAGUUUCUACAACACAUAUUUACUAUGGUACUAUAAAUUCUUAGGUUACUUUUGCAUCUACUAUGAGCAGAAUUCAUGUGUAAAUAAAUGAACGUUAAGUUAUAAACAUUUAUUUUUAUUGUAAGUAAAUAUAUAUAUCCAACUGUUUUUCGAUAAAAAUAUGAUUUCAAUAAAAUCCCCCAGGAUUUUUAUAGUCUUAAAUUGGAGAAGAACUAAAGGGCGCAGGAUUGGUCAGUAGUGCUUUUAAGGCGGGGUCAGCAAACAGUAGUUAUUUCUAGUAGAAUUAGACCAGAAUUUUUUUUUAUACCAAAUUUCUUGUUUUCUUUCUAAAUUUACUAUUUAUUACGAAUAUUUAUAUCUUAUUAACAUUUUAAUUUCCUGGAAAAAACAAUAUAUUUUUUGCAUUCAUUUUAAGAAAAUGAAAACAGAGAGGUCUUUUAAUUUUUAUUUAUUUUAUAUUUAUGUAUUUUGUCUGUUUAACUGGCAAAACAAUAACAGUCACUUGGAUAAUGUGUGCCUUGUACAACUGAAAUGAAUGGCACAAAAUAUAUAAAAAGCGACAUUUAUUUUUAUUCGAUCUGAUUUUUUUGAACAUUUAACUACAACAAACCUUGUAUGACAAUAAAGCUAGACAAAAAAUAACACUUCAAAGUUAUCAAAAUCAAAAUGAUGUACCAUUCAAUAGGUUUUGUUUUUAAUGUUUCAUUAAAGUGUCACAUAGAUUUUUCUAUUUGGCUCAAUUUAAAGAUUUUUGCAUUUAUGUACCAACAUUUAUCUCAACUCUUGGAUGAGUUGGAUCGCAAUGCAUUCUGGGAUUACCUUCUAGCAAAAAGAAGCGUCGUUUCUAGAUUCCGGCCUGGACACUGUUACAUAGCAGGCAGUGUGAGGUCGCCUACCGUUUAAAAUGCACUUAUGAUGCCUUAACGUGCUAUGUAGGUCGGCAGCUGCACUAGAUUUUGGAACAAGUGUGCAUAUCCAGAAACUUUGCGUGCGUGUCUGUGCAUCAGGACUGCCUGAGAUACAAGCGAGGUGUUAACUCAUUUCACAAAGAUCAGGCCUUAACAUUCCAAUGAGGUUUACCGUUGACCCGUUGAGUAGCAUCUAAAGAGAGCAGCUUUUGUGCCUCUUUCCAUCUUUAAACAGCAGUCCAUUAAAAAUCUGCAUAAUGUUGACGUGGAUGCAAGGCAAGCGACAGCGUCGUUUUCUAUUGGACGGAUUUCACCCGAAGCGUUUUGAAACUUCGCUUUCACUUCUCAAAAGAAAUCGAAUUUUGUUGAAGUUUACAGUCUUAAAGCAACUAUUCAGGUCUGUAUAUCUUAAGGAUUGUCAAGAUUUUUUCAAGAAAAAAAGUUACUUAUUUUUGGUAAUUUGUUCUUUUUUAUGGAAGAGGAAAAAAAUCCAAUUUGAAACCUCGUCGGGUUUUUGUACCACUAUAAUCAUUCAAGAAAUCAUGGUGAAAAAAAAUCAUAUUUACAGUGUAUUUACCUAAUUUCUUAUUCCGUGCCUUAUUAUGUGUUUCAUAAUCCAAUAGGUUUUAGAGAUUUGACCUGAAAUAUCUUAUGUACUAUUUUGUGGGAUUGGUGAAAGGGUUGAUUUUAUUUGAUCUUUAUUUUGAUUCGUUUUGUUGUGUAGCUCUCAUAGAUGUGUAUUUUAUGGGGAUUCAGUACCAUGUGGUCUUAAAAUGAUGUGCGACGUAAGUUAUGAUGUAUGGUGCUGUGAAUGCUCUUUUCAUUUUUCUCGGUUAGAAAAAUGAAGGAUGAACACAAAUGUUCAGAGUUAAUGCUGUGGGCCUCUAUUCUCCUCACUGCUGUAAGCAUGUGUGUGUGUGUGUACAUGUGUUUGCAUUGUUGCGUUGCGUUGUUACAUGAGGACUUCGUGGGACGAAAAAAUCCUCCAACUUUGAAAUCAGAGUUUAUGGAGAUUGCUGUAGACUUGCGUAUUUGUAUAAUGCUGUGAAGCAUAUCUGUGACGUUUGAGUCGGAAAAUUCAAAGACCUUUUUUAACACGUUUAAAAGCAUCUUGAAUUAUGUUAUCUGAAAUUUGCUUAACCAUCAUACUUUGAAUCGAACAUCUAGUCAACACAGAUGCAGACCAACUUGAAUGGCUUUUCCAAAAUUCUGUAGUUAUUUAUAAGUAUUUAUAUAAAAACACUUUCAAAAUGAAAUGCGGCAUUUUCUUGCUUUUCGCGAAAUUGCGAAAAAAGGCAGUUUCACACCAAGAACAAUAAAAAAGAUUUGAAAAUAAUUAUACAUGUAUUAGGAUCACACCAAAACUAUUAUUUACAAGAGGAACAAUCUCAUUGGGAUCUUUUUCAGACUUUUUUUCCAAAUGAUGUACGAUAAAAUCAUAUCCAGUCAGAAUCCAUUUAAACGCCCGCGCGCAUUUAAUAGCUAGCGCGAGUUUAGAUUAAAUGUUACGUUCUCGUUAUGUGAACAGGACAUGAAUGUGUUGACUAGAAAAUUUACAAAAUUAUAGAGUCUGGGAAAACCCUAUACAUAUGUAAACAGUUUUCGUGAAACUUAAUCAAUCUAAAUAUCAAAAGUGCUUAAAGAGAGACGGAGAAGCCCACAGCAUCCACUCUGACCUUUUGCUAUUGUGCGACAAAUGAUAUGCCUGAGAUCUCCAGUUGUGUGUUUUGAAGUUGUUAUGCUUAUUUGCUGUAUCUUAUAAUUGAUUAUUUUUAAGGGGUUUCAUUCUUGCUGUCGCGAUACUUAUUUGUAAUAUUCUUUCUUCUUUCAUUUGUUUGUUGUUUUUCUUUAUUUUGAUUGUAAGAAACUGGUUCAAGAUUGUUGUCUGUCACACUGCCUGUUCACAACAGCAGUUGUGAGUCUGUAGUGUCCACUGAUGUAUGCGCAGGGGAGCGCGAAAGCUCCCGUCACUAAAGGUCAGGUGCAUCGAGCGCGUCGCGAAGUUGAAAUAUACGCGCGGCCGUGCAGCAGAACGACCGCGAAUCCGGCUGCGACGCUUUUUUAUUUAUGAACAGGAGAAAAGCCAGUCUCCAUAAACGCAUCGCAGAAGUCAGACGACGCCUCAUAACGUUCAUUUUCGAUCCAUGUCUUGACUCAGGCAACCACGUUCCGCCGUGUCCUAAGACACGUUUUUUUGUCACGGUCACUCAGACAGUUACAUGUAGUUUUUCAAGGUUUUUUACUACACAAGUCACAAAUAAUGCAGGACCAAAGUUUAUGUGCCUUUCAUCUAGCUUAUUUGCAACUCAUUUCCUGGCUGUAUAUCAGAAAACGUCAAACUUUUAGUUUCAGCUUUCGGUCAUUGUUACGAGAAGUGCGUGUUCCGCUGUAUGUAUACGUUUAUGGUUUCGCUCCAAACUCAGAAGGUCAAGCCAUAUCCCUCGCAACCUAGUCUCAUGUACGACACUGAAUGUGUUACGCGGCCCUUAUAGAUUCAUUUGGACAGCCUCACGCUUUCAGUAUUUCAUCAACGGAUUCGGAUAGUUCAUAAUCUUGACGGAAACUUCGUAUGACAAGGCACGGUUUCGUUAUUCUUCUUCAUACAUAAAUACCUUAAAAAAAGCUUUACUCGGAAACGUGUAAGACCAUAAACCUCUCGAAAAACCAAAGGACUUGAAUUGGAGACAAUGCAGCACUAUUUAGAUGCAACCGACAUCGUUUCAUAUUAAUUUCAUCGCUGUAUUACGACCCUCACAAUCUAAACUUCAAAUUUCAGCCAUGAUGCUUUCUAUUUUCUCAUGUACUAAAUUGUUCUGUGUAAUUUGCAUUAGCUGGAGGUGAUCAAUUCAAUUAGUUAAAUGAGGCGUCGGUCAAACGUAAAGGCGCGUACAAAAGUGCCCGAGUCCACCUCUGGACGUCCGACACGCGACGAUUUAGCUAAUUUAUAGUUUUUAACGAAUGUUUCACUACCAAAAUAAAACAAAUGCUGUACAUAUGUGUUCCCUUUUCUUUUUGUUACCUGGCCAAAAAAAAGGUUUCGGGGAACAAGAUACCAACACACCGAGCUGGUUUUUAUAUUUAUGGACAGGAAAACACAAUUUGUCUUCUGUAUUUUGAUAUCAUACCAGUACCAGCUUUUAUUUGUAAAGCAGUUCAUGUGACGUGUGAGAACUUGGGGUGAGACACGAGUGUAUCCAGUUUAUGGGUUUGAUGUAAUAAAUGCAAAUAGAAGAUAAACUAUUAAAGAAACAUAUUUUCUAA